GGGGGGAGAAGGGAAGACCGGAAGCUACGGUCGCGUCCCGAUCCUUCGAUUUCUCUCCCCGAGGGCUGAGGCAGGAGCUGGAUGUGGGCCCCGUGAUAAAGGGGAGCGGCCGCUCCGGAGCCUCCUCCCGGGACGCCUCCCGUUCAACCCGCCCGCUGUGCUCGGCCGUCAGCUCGGGGGCGCGCGCGGCCCUCGCGGACGGUCCAGCCGCCGCAGACUGACUGACCGGCCGUCCCCCAGGCCCGCGCUGCCCGCCGCCCCCAGCCGCCGCCAUGUCCUCCUCCUCCUCCUCGCCCAGGGAGACGUUCGAGGAGGACCGGGAGUACGAGAGCCAGGCCAAGCGCCUCAAGACCGAGGAGGGGGAGAUCGACUAUUCGGCUGAGGAGGGCGAGAACCGGCGGGAAGCCACCGCCCGGGCCGGGGGCGACGGCGGUGGCGGCGGCGGCGGCGGCCGCAGCUUCUCGCAGCCGGAGGCAGGUGGAAGUCAUCAUAAAGUUUCUGUUUCACCUGUUGUCCAUGUUCGGGGGCUCUGCGAAUCGGUGGUGGAAGCAGACCUUGUGGAGGCUCUGGAAAAAUUUGGGACAAUAUGCUAUGUCAUGAUGAUGCCAUUUAAACGACAGGCUCUAGUAGAAUUUGAAAACAUAGAUAGUGCCAAAGAAUGUGUGACAUUUGCUGCAGAAGAGCCUGUAUACAUUGCUGGUCAACAGGCUUUUUUCAACUACUCUACAAGUAAAAGGAUCACUCGGCCAGGAAAUACUGAUGAUCCAUCAGGAGGCAACAAAGUUCUCCUGCUGUCAAUUCAGAAUCCUCUUUAUCCGAUCACAGUGGAUGUGUUAUAUACUGUUUGCAACCCUGUUGGAAAAGUACAACGCAUUGUUAUAUUCAAGAGAAAUGGGAUACAGGCAAUGGUUGAGUUUGAAUCAGUCCUUUGUGCUCAGAAAGCUAAGGCGGCACUCAAUGGAGCAGAUAUAUAUGCUGGAUGUUGCACACUAAAAAUUGAAUAUGCAAGGCCAACUCGUCUAAAUGUUAUUAGGAAUGACAAUGACAGUUGGGACUACACUAAACCAUAUUUGGGAAGACGAGAUAGAGGAAAGGGUCGCCAGAGACAAGCCAUUUUGGGAGAACACCCUUCUUCGUUUAGACAUGAUGGCUAUGGAUCCCAUAGUCCAUUGUUGCCUUUACCGAGUCGCUACAGAAUGGGCUCUCGAGAUACACCUGAGCUUGUUGCAUAUCCAUUACCACAAGCAUCUUCCUCUUACAUGCAUGGAGGAAAUCCCUCUGGUUCAGUUGUAAUGGUUAGUGGAUUACAUCAACUAAAAAUGAAUUGUUCAAGAGUUUUCAACUUAUUCUGCUUAUAUGGAAAUAUUGAAAAGGUAAAAUUUAUGAAGACUAUUCCUGGCACAGCACUGGUAGAAAUGGGUGAUGAGUAUGCUGUAGAAAGAGCUGUUACACAUCUUAAUAAUGUUAAAUUAUUUGGGAAAAGACUUAAUGUUUGUGUGUCUAAGCAACAUUCAGUUGUUCCAAGUCAAAUAUUUGAGCUAGAGGAUGGUACAAGUAGCUACAAAGAUUUUGCCAUGAGCAAAAAUAAUCGCUUUACAAGUGCUGGCCAAGCAUCUAAGAAUAUAAUCCAACCACCCUCGUGUGUGCUACAUUAUUACAAUGUUCCACUGUGCGUCACAGAAGAGACUUUCACCAAGUUGUGUAAUGACCAUGAAGUUCUUACAUUUAUCAAAUAUAAAGUGUUUGAUGCAAAACCCUCUGCCAAAACACUUUCCGGACUAUUAGAAUGGGAAUGUAAAACGGAUGCAGUAGAAGCUCUUACUGCACUUAAUCACUACCAGAUCAGAGUCCCGAAUGGUUCCAAUCCCUAUACUCUGAAGCUUUGCUUUUCUACAUCAUCCCAUUUAUAAGAAGAGAAGAGCAUGUUAGAAUUUAUGUUCAUCUUUAUUACAGUUUUGAAGCUACAAUUAAAAAAAAUAUCUAAGAUGGUUGAUCUAAUUAUUGUUGCCUUGCUUACUUUAAGAUCCUGUUCUGUAAUAAACAUAUUUUGCCUCAAGUAAAUUGGUUGUAAACUUAAAUAUUGUUUUCAUUUUAAGAUAGAGUAUCAUAAUGUAGACUGUCUACAGUUUCAUUGUAGAUUACGUACAUAUAUGAUUCUAACUGUAUUACUAUAAUUUUUCUUCCACAGUAAAAUAUAUUUGCAUUCUUAAUGCUAAUUAUCUGCAAGUAUUUUUCCAUUGUGUGAGAUUAAUGCAGGUGAAGGUAUUGCAUUUUAAUAUAGAAUUCUUAUCAUAUGUUUAGAUGUUGAAGUAUGUUACAUUAAACAUAACUUGUAUUUAUUUUAAUCAAGUUUGAGAAUAACAUUGAACAUGCUGACUUUCAAGAUCUAUAGAUUUAGCUGAUUUUAUAUUUUUGAAAGGCUAAUAGACAUGGAUACACUUGUACAGUAUGCACUCAAACUUAUUUAAAUUGAUGUAUUUUUUUUAAGUCAUUGUCCAUUUGUAUUGACAUGCUUCUGUUUCUAGUUGCAGUUUGGAGAUUUUAUAAAGUUAUAAUAAUGAG